AUGUCGAAGAACCCAAAGCUUGCCUACGAUGCGAAGGAGCCCGCUUUUCUUCAGAAGCUCCGGGGCCAAUAUGGAAACACCUCCGGUCGCCUGGAGCGACCUGCCAUGCGACCUCGAAAAGCCAGGGAUAACGAUGAAGACGACGCACCCGUCUAUGUCGAUGAAGAAAGCAACGAGGUGAUCUCCAAAGAGGAUUAUCAGGCUUUGGUCGGGGAGACUGCGAGCCAGCAAGACGGGGCCUCCACGGAUCAAGGUGUGGAAGGAGAGGACAAGACACAACCACCAAAAGAACCCACCGCGAAACAAAGCAAUCUUACCGAGGUCGGUGGACAGAAGAAGCGAAAACAGGCCAAAGUCGUGGGCGAGGAUAAACCAGAAGCAGAGGUAGCAAAGGAGUCUGAGGAAAAGCCCAAGGCUCCAGCUUCUCGAAAGCCCAAGAAGGCCAAGAAGAUCAAGCUCUCAUUUGACGAAGAGUAA